AUGUCCCAGGACUGGGAUCCUUUCGCAGACCCAGCGGAUGAAGACCUCGAGGAGGAUGACAGGAAAGUCACUGUCGCUUCAAUCGAUGCCAACGUUGCUUCUACCCGCUCCACGAGGGAUGAGGAAGCAAAAGCCGCCACCCGCAAGCCCGAGGUGGCGCCAGACCCUUCAUUGGAGCUGUCCUCCUGCGAAGCGGUUCAUGGGAACUUGAUAAGUGGCGCAGCGGAGCAGCUGUCGAAUGAGGCCGACGGAGGUCCAGGAGCCCCCGGACCCCCGCCGACGGGCACUGAACAAGAAGGCCAAGCGGCCAGCCCUCAGCUGACACAGCCAACAUGGCGCAGCAAGGGGCGUCGCAAGGGAGCUGGUAAAGGUAAGGACGCAGGACGCGCUGCUUGGUUGCUGGGCUUGGACUCGGUUUCUCAGCCCGACAAAGAGCUGGUUGAAGGCAAGGAGCCCAACGAGCCCCAAGAGCCCAAGCAGGUCCUGGAGCCCAUCGGCAAGCUUCGAGAAGUCGAAAUCGUUGAAAGUCUCAGCGCAGAAGCUGAGAGCACACAAGCCGAAAGUCCUCGAGACACGGACAGCCCUUCCACGAAGAUCGUGGAACACGACGAUGUCCCUUCCUCUACGCGCGCUGCAGGUGGUGAUGCCCUUGAGGCCCAUACCAGCGCUGGCCAGGUCGAGGAAACCCGGAUCAUCUGCGAGACGGACCCGAACGAGGUGCUUGCGUGGAGGGAGCUCUUCUUCAAGCUCGGGGAGGUGGAGGAGAAACCAUCGUCCUCAGUCGCACCCGAGUAUGGAACUUGGGGGGAGAAAGGCUCCCUGUCGCGACUUCUGCGGCGGGAAGGCCUCGCGAUGCCGGAGCCGCUGAGAGACGUUGCCGCCGGCUUCGAUCCGGAUUCUGCUGGAAGCGUCGAUCCGGAUCCUACCCAGGGCAGGUUUGCCCCUGGUCAGUGCCUGUUCCGCAGGUCCGAUCGCUUUGGCGGUCCCCGUAGUCGGCGGGGUGCCGGCUGA